CUUUUUGACUCAACUUUAGGGUGGUUUGGAGUACUUUACCAUCCUCAUAGGGGUCCUUCUCGCAACUCAAUCUAACACUCCAAAUAAUACAGCCCAGAAAUUUCGUCGUCAUGCCCAAAGUAUACCUCCUUGACUACGUGGCCGGCAAUGUUCGGUCGCUUGUCAAUGCCAUUGAAAAAGUAGGCUAUACCGUGGAGUGGAUUAGAGAGCCUGCCGAUGUUGCCAAAGCAGAUAAACUCAUUCUCCCCGGUGUCGGCCAUUUCGGCCACUGUCUCUCGCAGUUCGAGCAGGGCGGAUAUGUCGAACCCAUUCGAGAACACAUCAAAUCAGGAAAACCUUUUAUGGGAAUCUGUGUCGGCUUGCAAGCUCUCUUUGAGAGCUCCGAAGAAGACCCCAAUGUGAAGGGUUUCGGGAUUAUCCCAGGUCAGCUAGUGAAGUUUGAUGAUUCUACAAAGAGUGUUCCCCAUAUCGGAUGGAAUUCGGCCAAUACUUCGAAGGGCAACGAAGUGACUCGGGAAAGCUUGUUCGGCCUCAACCCAUCAAGCAAAUAUUACUAUGUCCACUCCUAUGCUGCGCCUUACCGCAAGGGCUACUAUGAGGCGGAUGGCUGGUCUGUGGCUACGGCAAGAUAUGGAGAGGAAGAAUUCGUUGGAGCUAUCGCAAAGGACAAUAUAUUUGCCACACAAUUCCACCCAGAGAAGAGCGGUAUAGCUGGAUUGAGAGUCUUGAAAGCCUUUUUGGAUGGCACGCGCUUAGACACUCUCAAGGAGCAGCCUUCCCUGGCUACCUCAAAAGAAGGUCUGACAAGACGGGUUAUUGCAUGCCUCGACGUCCGAACGAAUGAUGCCGGAGACCUUGUGGUCACCAAAGGUGAUCAAUAUGACGUGCGUGAGAAGGAGGGUGUGGACGCCGGGGGGCAGGUUAGGAACCUUGGAAAGCCUGUGGACAUGGCGCGAAAAUACUACGAGCAAGGCUCAGACGAAGUUACUUUUCUCAACAUCACUUCUUUCCGGAAUUGCCCUCUAGCUGAUUUGCCCAUGCUCGAAAUUUUGAGGCGAACAGCUGAGACAGUCUUCGUACCUCUAACCAUCGGUGGCGGUAUCCGAGAUAGUGUCGAUACCGAUGGGACCAAGGUAUCCGCCUUGGAAGUCGCAAAGCUGUACUUCAAAUCUGGUGCCGACAAAGUCAGUAUCGGCUCAGAUGCCGUGACGGCUGCCGAGGAAUAUGAAGCUGCGGGCAAAAAGUUGUCGGGCCAGACGGCCAUUGAAACUAUCUCAAACGCAUAUGGAAGGCAGGCAGUCGUUGUCAGUGUUGACCCGAAGAGGAUUUAUGUACGCAGCCCAGAGGAAACACCGCAUCGCACUAUCAAGACAAAAUUCCCAGGACCCAAUGGCGAAGAAUACUGUUGGUAUCAGUGCACCAUUAAGGGUGGAAGAGAAGGGCGAGACUUUGACGUUCACCAACUCGUUUCUGCCGUUGAGGCAAUGGGAGCUGGUGAAAUCUUGCUCAAUUGCAUCGACAAAGACGGCAGUAAUAGCGGCUUCGAUCUCGAAUUGAUUAGCACGGUGAAAGAGACGAUCAAGAUCCCGGUGAUUGCCUCAAGUGGUGCCGGCAACCCGGCCCACUUCGCCGAGGUAUUUGAGAAGACAACUACGGAUGCUGCUCUUGGAGCUGGCAUGUUCCAUCGUGGUGAAUACACUGUCAAGCAGGUCAAAGACUACCUGGAGAGUGAGGGAUUGAUGGUCCGCAGAUUCGAGGAAGAAUUAUGAAAACAUUCAAAGAGCGUAGAUUUCACUGUAUUUUAAAGAUAUCAUUUGUAGCUUAGUUUCCCCUCUGUAGAUAGUGCAAAAGAAGCAUGGCUAGAGUUUAAAGCUUUUGGAUUGCACUCGUCAGAUCAUCAUUCAAAUCAGAUGUGGCCCA